AUCACAUUCUGGCCAUGGCCAUGAAGGUGUUAUACUGCCGUAUGAUUGAAGGGCUCAAAUGCCACUUCAAAUCUGUGGGAACAGAUAACGUCACACGUGCCCAGCUCAGCGAUCCAGAGUUCCAGAGGAAUAUGAUGGAGAUUGGCUUGGCUUUCUUCAAAUGUAUGCCGAACUCUGUGCAGUACUGGCAAGGACGCAAACAGGACCUCUUCGCCAUGAUUCGACAGUUGGGUAAACCAACAAUGUUUCUCACCUUGAGCGCCAGUGAAACUCAAUGGGAAGAACUGUUGAAGGUGCUGCACAAAUUGUCCAGUGACUACGAUGACCUUGAAUUGGCCGACCCGCUGUCGGAGUUAAGCGCGUUUCAAAAGGCAAAGUUGGUCGUUGAAGAUCCCGUGACGUGUGUUGCAUACAUCGACAAGCUUGUUGACGUCAUAAUGCGCAUCUUGAAGUCCAAACGGUUCAGUCCAUUUGGUAAAUACUACGUUGUGGAUUACUUCAAGCGGAUCGAGUUUCAACAACGUGGUAGCGCGCAUGCCCACAUCAUGCUCUGGUGUGCAAACGAUCCUCGUGAGGACGUUUCCGAGGACAUGCCCGCCACCAUUGAAAUGAUCAACACUCUCUGCUCCAUCGAUGCCUUCCGUUGGUUGGGACCACUGCUUGGCAAGAAGCAAGAGCACGCUCACACACGUACGUGUUACAAACACAACGAUAAACGUUGUCGUUUCAACAUACCGUACUGGCCGAUGAACGAGGAUCGGGUAUUGGUGCCCCUUCCGGCUGAUGACAGUCGUCGUUCUGCACUGAAGAAACGUGCUCUCGAGUUUCGUGAGAUUCUGGAAACGAAGACUUUCGAAACUCUCGAAGACUUUCUGGCCGAUUGUGAGUGUACCGAGGAAUACUACCUCGAAGUGAUUCGUGCAUGGCUACAGCGACCAGCGUUCUUCUUCAAGCGUCCGAUGAAUCAGCUCUACAUGAAUCCAUUCAACGUUUGGAUUGGCGGUGUACUUCGUUCCAACAGUGACCUGCAGUUCAUCAUGGACGAGUACUCGUGCGCCUCUUAUUUGGUUGAUUACGUCAACAAGACAAAUCGAGGCAUCAGCGCGUUUCACCGAGAGCUUCUCGAGCUGCAGGAGCAGUAUCCCGACUACGACUAUCAAGGCUUGCUGAAGAAGUUGGGCGUGAGAGUACUCAACAGUGUUGAGAUGUGCUCACAGGAAGCAGCGUGGAUCUUGCUCCGGUUACCGAUGUCCGAAGCAAGCCGGAAAAUCGAAUUUGUGCCGACAAUGUGGCCAAAUGAGAGAACCCGAUGCCGGAAGCGACACCAGCAGAUGGACAACGAGGGACUCGACGACGACUCAACGGACGUGUGGACCAGAAACAUCGUCCAGAAGUAUGAGGACCGCGAUGGAUUGGAGGAUGUGUGCCUGGCUGAUUUCGUCGCAUGGUAUGCACCGAUGAAAAGCACCAAAAACAGCUACAAGCUGCGAGGCACUGCCAAAAUCCUGCGAUGGCGAGGAUACCCGAUGAGCGAAAUGGUCGAGUACAAGCGAGAGGCAGUGCUGCUGUUUUUGCCGUUCCGGAAUGAACGAGUCGACCUGCUGGACCAGAACAAAUUCCUCCAAUUGUACGAUUCGCAUGAGACAGAGCUCAUCGCGAAACGUAAGGAAUACGAUUGUGAGUUGAAUUUGGAGCAGACCGUUGAGGAAUACCUCCGAAUAAUCGCACAGGAAGGCGAUGGCGAGCAAGAGAGAGCCGCCACGGAGAAGCACAACGAGUACGUGAGGAGCAUCGACAUGCAGCCAAACAACGAUGACAUCGAAAACCUGCCGACUUCUGCACUGCGAGCGAUUGUGAAACAACGUUCGAAUGUCAUGCCAAAAGCUGACUACUGUGCCUGGAUGCGGCAGGCUAACGAGAAGCAGCGCAUGUUGAUCCUCCACAUCAUCCAUCGACUGACGAGCUUUGAUCCUGAAAUUCCAGCGAUGCAGAUCUUCCUGACUGGACCAGCGGGUAGUGGUAAAACGUUCACACUGCGUCUGAUGAUGGAAACCUAUAAUCGGUACAGCCAAGGUCACAACUCUCGCAUCAACGCGUAUAUUGCAUGUGCGUCGACAGGCAAAGCCGCCGUUAACAUUGACGGUGUUACGGUCCAUCGUGCCUACCGCAUUGCAAUAUCGCGCCAGAGUGACUCAAAGCUUAGCCCUGAAUGGCUGCAGACGUACCGAAAUGAAUUCCGGAACGUGAAGCUCCACAUUGUAGAUGAAGUUAGUAUGCUUAGCGCAGGUAACUUCAGAACAAUGCACAUACGUUUGCAGGAUAUUCAUUUGGAUUACCUUCACCCAUUCGCUGACCAGGACGUUACGUUUACCGGAGAUUUACAUCAGCUGAAUCCAGUCAAUGCUUUACCAAUCUAUAAGGCUCCGAGGAAUUCGAUUGGUGGAUCUUGGCUGUGGGAUUACAUCCGACUGUACGAGUUGGAUCAGGUCAUGCGUCAGACCGAUGUGGUGUUCUCCACCAUCCUCACCGCGAUUGGCGAAGGCAAGAAACUGACGGAUGAACAGAAGACGCUGAUCGAGAGUCGGUUCAAGUCAGUGGAGGACUGCCAACGGGAAGCUCCCAACGCCGUUUGGCUGUUCCAUCAAAACGUUGAUGUCGAUCGAUUCAACAGAGAAGCGUUGAGUGGGCUCGAGGGUCUGGACUGUCUUGCCGACGAUAUGAUCACAGGUCACAGCACAUCCGCUCAGGCAACCAGUGCACGAACGAAAUUACAUAAAAUGAGCACAGCCCAAACGAGUGGGCUGCCAUAUAUGGUUCGUUUUUGCAUUGGAAAGCCCUACAUGAUCACUACCAACAUCGAUGGCGAUGAUAAUCUGGUAAACGGAGCAAUCGGCGAGCUGAAGUAUGUGGAGAUGCGGGAAAACGACGCCGGCGAAGAAGUGAUCUACAGACUCUGGUUGCAAUUCGAUACGGAGAAAAUCGGAACCAUUGCAAGAUCUAAGGCGCAGGCAGUCGUUAACGCCCGACCCCAUCUCCUGCAGCAGGAUUGGACCCCCAUCACGAAGCAGCACGUGAACAUCGCUCUUGGAGGUACGAUCAAAUGCAAGCGGAUUCAAUUUCCGAUUGCGAGUGCCUGUUCCAUGACAAUCCACAAGUCACAAGGUGGAACUUUCUCCAAGGUCGUUUACCAGUACAGUCGCUCGCAGGAGCAAAGGCUGGUGUACGUUGCUUUGUCACGGGUUACUUCGCUGGAAGGACUCUACUUAACCUACGCGGACAAUCCCUCCCUAGAUCCGUCUAAGGAAAAGCCUGUGUUCCACCACGCCAAGGCAAACAACUCUCCAGCGAUGCGUGAGUUGCGGGACGAAUACAAGCGCUUGAGGAAUAACCGUUAUCGAACGAUCGGAGACGAUUUUUCUGAGGUGUUGGCGAGUAGUGGACCAGCAUGCACCCUGAUGACAAUCAACGUCCAAAGCUUGAGCGCUCAUCACCAGGAUAUAUCGAUCGAUUCCAUACUGACCAGUGUAGACUACUUGGCCCUAAGCGAGACGUGGUUGGAUGAUAACUCCUCGGUCGAGAUUGAAGGCUACACUUGUGUUGUCCAGUCCAAAAGGGAUGACGCAAGAUCUGGCGGUGUGGCAAUUUAUCGAAAGACGACGACCAAAACCAGCAUGGCAGUCCCGUAUACUCCCGAAUUGGUGAGUCAAGAUCGAGACGAACUUUUCGGUGUGGCAGAUAAAUACGGUGACGUUUGCGCUGCUACAGUGGAUGUGAUGGGCACUGAGGUACUGCUGUUCUCGGUGUACAUCAUCCCAGGAACCACACUGAAGCAGAAAGGUUGGUUUUUGGCACGGAAGUUGCUCCAGACUGCCCGCACUGGUUUGCCAAUGGUAGUAACCGGUGAUUUUAAUGUCGACGUUUCCAAACGAGAAAAUGUCGAAUUCAUUAAGUUUAUGGGCGAGCACUUCCAACUAUCCUUAGCUAACGACGUGAGACAGACGACCACAAAUCGUGGAACGGUCCUUGAUCUCACAUUUACCAGAGGCAUACAUGUGGCGAGCAAUUCGCGGUAUGUAUGCUAUUUUUCCUACCACAGACCCAUGCUGUCUGUACUACGAACUGAAGAACCCGAGCCAUCUCAGUUGCAUUGAUCCAUAAACGUUCAAAGCCGGACACGACGAUAUUAUCAUCGGAUUUUACAAGAAGAAAUUGAAAUGUAAAUUACCAGUUACACCUACACUAACACAAACUCACAAAUGAACUGUAAACUCAUUAAUUUAAGUAUACCAGAAAACUUUUGUAAACACUAACUAAACACACUGACCCCUCCCCUCCCCCCAAACAUUAACAUCACUACAUCAGGAACCAAAUGAAAUGUAAAUAUUACUUUAAGAAGCAGAACAAUAUUGUACUACACACUAAAACCUACCCAACAACCGCCCC